CAAAACUGUUGUCACUGGAUUAUGGGUCGAUCAUAGUUUUGAUAUUGGAAUGCCUGUCGAUCCUACUUCGAUUAUGUACAAACCUCUUAGAGAUUUGAAUGGAAUUCCUGGUGCUAAAAGUUUAAUUGUAUGCUUGACUGGAUACCAGAGGCAAGAUCGAGAUGACAUUAUGACAAUGGUUAGCUUGAUGGGUGCUCAAUUUUCUAAACCUUUGGUUGCAAACAAAGUCACCCAUCUGAUAUGCUAUAAAUUUGAAGGGGAGAAGUAUGAGCUUGCUAAGAAAAUCAGGAAGAUAAAGCUUAUCAAUCACCGUUGGUUGGAAGAUUGUUUAAGAGAAUGGGAACUUCUUUCAGAAGCUAAUUAUAGCAAGAGUGGUUAUGAGUUAGAGGUGAUGGAAGCUGAAGCUAAAGAUUCUGAAGAAGAGGCUGAAGAAACUACAUGGAAAGAAUCCGGACAAAAAAGUUUGAAGAGGAGCUCUCAUAACUUGAAGGCUGGAAUGCUCAGUUCCAGUGAGUUGCCCAAUUCAGCAGUUGAAGUGUCGAUGUCAACUAUGCCCAGAUAUUCACCAAAUACCAAGGAGGUUUUAUUGACGCCUGGCAAAUCUCAUCAAGGCACAAGCUCCACCGAUGUUAAUGACCCUAAGCUACAUGCUUUUCAGGACUCUGGUCUCGGGAAUGCUUCAUCUAUUAAGUUAGCUGAACAACACAACAGAAGCCCAAAUUCUACAAAUGUAGAUAUUAACUUGGCAUCUAACUCUAAGAGCCCCUCUUUAUCCAAUGAGAAGUUUACUGCUAUAAGCUACUCAAGGAAAACACCAAGGAAAUCACCAGGAAAGUCUACACCCCCAAAUUUAUCAGGAGAGAUAUCAGGCAACUUUAGUGGCUCUCCUCAAGCUAUGAGAAUCAAGGAUGCAUUUGGCAUUCCUUCCUCUAAAAUGCAGCAAACAGAGGAAAGAAUCAAUUCUUGUUUUGUUAAAUCUCCACGGAAAGGAGCUGAUUUAUGUCAUGAAGAGGACUCAGCUGGUAUAUUGCCUCAGAAAAGAGCAUUGGAACUUUCUGCCUGUAGCUCUAAAACACAAAAAACCACUCAUAAUGGAAAAGCUGCCGUAGAGGGCAGUGCACUUGACACUGAACGACUGGAGCCAACAUCUUUGGCGGGUGAUCAACUACAGAUUAAUGACUGCUCAGUGGAUGGGACUAGUUAUCUGAAUGUUUUACAUAAUUCAUGUGCUAGCAAUGCAACUACCAAGUUGUCAAAUGAUUCUUCUUCCUUUAAAACUGUUACUGCAGAGGACAGAAUGAAAAAUAGUGAUGAGAAAUCACCCAAAAUGUCCUUUAAGGGGUAUGGAGAGUUCACCUUGGCAGGCAAGCCAGAUCUGCAACAUGAGAAGUCACCUGAAAUGUCCUUCAAUGGAUUAAGAGAAUCCACCAUAGCAAGCAGGUCAAAUCUUGGAGAUUCUGGCCUAGAAAGAUGUGUACAAGUAAUUGGAGAGCCAGGCAAGCUGCAGAAUAAGUUCGAAGAUGUUGAGGUUCCUUCAAUUGAUGAUAGAAAGCUAGGGAUGGAAAAUUCCCAUAGCCCUGCUACCUUGGAUUUGCUUGAAAGAGGUAGUGAUAAGUUGGUGACAAAACUGCAUAGCAAGAAGAUGCUUGCGAAGAAGACCUUGGGUUCUAGAUCAAAACUAAGCAAUGUUGCUAACAGAAAAGGUUCUAUUUACUCAAGCAAAAUUGCUUCCGAAAAUGAUUUAACAAUUUGCUUGGAUGGGGCUAAUGAAAGAGCAACUCAUAAGAGUGCCAGUGAACUUGAAACACCACCUCCAACUAUUAACCUGGAUGAUGUGGUCGAAAAAGUUGUCUCAAAAUCUCUGAAUGCUGCUACUGCUAAGACUCAAUUCAGGGAUGAUGAAACUCAAGCUCCAGAUGAGGAAGAUGAGAAUGAUGCUAAGAAGACACCUGGAAAAGAGAAGUCUGAGUUGGUUGAAUCGACAUGUAAGGCAGACACAUUGCUAGAAACUGAACAUGUCAGAUGUGAUUCCAAGGUGGCUGUUGGGAGUGUAAUUACAUCAAAGAAUGGAACAAAUGGAAACGAUCCUGAGAGGGCAGUUAGUUGCAAGAACUCUGAAUUGGGUGAAUCAACUUUAAAAUGUUUUGGCUUGAAAAAGAAAACAAGUAAAAGGAAGAAACAACUUUCAGGUAAAGCCAAGAUGAAGGUUGUUCCUUCUCAAUCCAAAGAUGAUUUGGUUGGGGAUGAUACUAGCGUCGGGAAGAAUAUUGAGGAGAAAGAUGAUGAAAAGGAGAAUUUCAUUCCACAUCCUGCCACCAAAACAAGCAGCAGUAAUGCAUCUUUAAAAGUGGAAAACGCCAGGGGUGCAGGCAAGAGCAGCCCAGUUGGUCCCGAGGAGAUUCCUGGAAAAUCAGUUAAACCCAAUAAAAAAGCAGUGAAGACUAAUGAAAAAUCCCAGAAGGUCGAUUCUAAAACACAGCUGGUACAAAAGGUUUUCAACAGAUUGAAAACUGAGCCUGUGUGGUUUAUAUUGAGUGGCCACAGAUUGCAGAGAAAAGAAUUCCAGCAAGUCAUUAGGCGUUUGAAGGGAAAAUUUUGCAGGGAUUCUCAUCAAUGGUCAUACCAGGCAACACAUUUCAUUGCCCCAGAUCCAAUUCGUAGGACCGAGAAAUUUUUUGCUGCUGCUGCAUCUGGAAGGUGGAUUCUUAAGCCCGAUUAUUUAAGUGCUUGUAAUCAGGCAGGAAAAUUCUUGGCAGAGGAGCCUUAUGAAUGGCACAAUAGUGGCCUCAGUGAAGAUGGUGCAAUAAACUUGGAGGCUUCAAGGAAGUGGCGUCACUUGAGGGAGAGAACAGGCCAUGGCGCAUUUUAUGGGAUGCGCAUUAUCGUGUAUGGAGAAUGCAUUGCUCCUCCAUUGGACACUUUGAAGCGUGUUGUGAAGGCUGGGGAUGGUACCAUUUUGGCAACUUCUCCCCCUUACACCAGAUUCCUCAAAUCUGGAGUUGAUUUUGCAGUUGUUAGUCCUGGCAUGCCACGUGUUGAUUCGUGGGUUCAAGACUUCUUGAAACAUGAGAUACCCUGCAUUGUUGCUGAUUACCUAGUAGAGUACGUCUGCAAAGCUGGUUACUCCCUAGACAGACAUGUGCUAUACAACAGUCAUGAAUGGGCAGAGAAAUCAUUUAGCAACUUGAGGAGCCGAGCUGAAGAGAUUGUGGAGGACGUGACCACCCCACAGCCACCAGAUGAUUGUGGGAGUAAUGAUGUAGCAUGUCAAGUUUGUGGUUCUCGUGAGAGAGGAGAUGCCAUGCUAAUCUGCGGUGAUGAAAGUGGUUCUGUGGGUUGUGGAGUUGGCAUUCACAUCGAUUGUUGUGAUCCUCCGCUUGAGGAUGUACCUGAGGAGGACUGGUUUUGUCCGAAGUGUAGUCAAAGAAGCAGAAACAGCACAACUCCUUCAAAGAAAAGAAAGAAAGGAACCUCUCAAUCGAAGGAUAAGUGAUUUGCAUUAUUUUUCUAGCUUUUGGAACGGUCGCCUUCUGUCUUAAUUUUUGUACAUUAGUUUUGGGCCUUGUGGCUUAGCUUGUAGAAUUUGUCUGA